CAUUAACUAAUAAUUCUGAGGUACCAAUGAGCUUUAUACUGAGGGUCCCUGCUCAUGGCAGCAAAGGGGAAGAGUUUAUCAUCAACCUAAACAAAGGAAUCCUGCCACCCAGCCUCCACCAGAAUAUUACUAUAACAUUCACUCCAGCUGAAGUAAAGGAGUACACUAGGUGCUUGGUACUUGAUGUAGAAGAGGCUGGGAAGGAAGUAUUCUCUCUACCCAUACGAGCAAAUUGUGUUGUACCUGAUGUUAUUCUCCAUACCAAGUCAUUACAUUAUGGUCGCUGCUUUGUGUCUCAUCCAUACACACUGAAUGUACACCUGGAGAACACAUCAGAUACACUGCCAGUCAAAUACAAGAUGAUUCAACAGGAAUGUGAUGCUGCCAUUGAAUGUUCAACGACAAAGCCUGAGGCUAUCAUUGAGCCUCAAGAGACACUGACUCUUCCAUUUACAAUAAAAGCUAACGGAGUCGGUCCACUAGUCUCCACAGCAUCCUUUCAUAUAGCAGGAUCAACAGAGUCACCAUUGAGACUAAAGCUACACUGCACUGGUGAGGGGCCAGUAGUCUCAGUAUCACAGGAACACUUAGACUGGGGCCUCUCACCAGUACUGACCCCCAUCAAGAAGACCCUACUCUUGUGCAACCAGUCAGAGAUUGAUGCUGAAUUCCAGUCUUUUCUUAUGAGAGAGAGCAGUGUUUUUACAGUUCAUCCAUUUGCUGGUGUAAUUCCUGCUAGAAAGAAACUGUCACUCACUGUAACUGCAGAACUGGAUGAUGCCAUUCAGUUCACUGAUAAAUUAACCAUAACAAUAAUUGGUGGUAUUAGCUAUACAGUCACACUGUCAGCUGAAGGUAAAGGGACUACUAUAGUGAGUGCCCCAUCAAUGCACUCCUCAGUCAACAUGGGGACACACUUUGCUUGCAGUCAAGUUAGGAAGCAAUUCACAUUAACUAACAGAGGGAGGAGGAGUCAGACUAUAUCAUGGACCACUGAAGGCUUUUCAAUGGCAAAAUGGAAAAAAGCUGAAAUUGAGCGACUCUCAAAAGACUACUCUGAUGUAGGAGAAACAAAAAGAGGUGAUGGGAUGCCAAAGAGACCAAUGUUUCAGAUAUCACCUGAUCAAGCUGUACUCUUACCUUACCAAUCACAGAAUGUUGUAAUCACUGCUUACUCUGACAUUGCUCAAGAAGUGAAGGAGCGGUUGCUGUGUCAUGCUAUCAUUGGACGGAAUCCUCACAAAGAGAGAAUAAUGACAGUUGACAUUGUGUGCCUCUUCAUUGCUCCUCUAUUGGAAUUCAGCACCAAAGAAGUGACAUUUAGAAUGGAACAGGAGCCUGAUAGUCUGCUAGAGAAGCAUGUACAUGACAUGUUACUGAAGAAUGUGUCUCCAUUGCCUCUGACUGCUUUAUUAAGCUGCAGCUAUCCUUUCAGACUAAGCCUCUCUCAGGAUGAACCAUUCACUGCUAAUCAGAUGUUGUCGUUGGGAUCAAGUGAAGAGGCUGUACUGUCUGUCCAGUAUGAUUCCUCUUAUUGUGUUGAUAGACAGUCCCGCAAUGAGAGCCAGACAAUAGAGAUUGCCUACAAAGAACAUCCUCAGAAGGAUUACAUUAAUCUACUAGCCGAGAUCCAUUUCCCUAAUAUUCAUUUCAGUACCACUAAAGUUGACUUUGGGUGUGUACUAAACAACACUGAAGUGAUGGAGGUGGUCCGCAUGACAAACAACAGUCCACUGGUUGUUAACUAUCGCUGGUACUUCCUUAAAGGGGCUCCAACCCGCAGGGACCCACUACAUGAUGAUGAAGGUGUCGACAUGCAAAGUGAAAUAGAGACAGACUCCAUCGAAGGCUCUAGCUCUAGUAUUGACGAACAGCAGCAACCUGAAGGGGAGGGAGGAGCUGUCACACCUCCCAUUAAUGUCGUUGAUGUAGAGGAGUCACCACGACCGUCAGAAGGAGAGAAAGAGGAAGAUGAAAGAUCGUUAAAGGGAGUGGAUGUACAUGUAUCAAGGAAGCAACGAGAAAGCAUUGGGUUUGAGUUGAGGGUUACUCCUGAGUUUCUAGCAGCAGAGAAGAUAUCAGUUCAUGUGACAGCUCCAAGUGUGACUGAAUCUCAGACCGAGGAUAUCAAUAGAGUUGAAGGAGUGGGGGAGGAUAUAAGGGGGAAUAGUGAAGUACCUGUUGUUAUAUCUCAGUCCUUGCCUCCUUCAGAACACAGUGAAUCAACAGUAGAGGUUACUGAAGAGGAGGAGGAGGAGGAAGAAGAGGAGGAGGAGAGGGAACGUCAGCCAUGGGAGAUGGUAGGAGAACCUUUACAGCCAGUCAGCAUUAGACAAAUAUUUGAUAUUUUGCCAUUAUUUGGAGUACUUCAGCCAGGAGAGACUCAGGAUGUUAAGAUGAGCUUCUUUGGUCAUACUGACGUGUCUACUGAAGUGAGGGCUGUAUGUAAAGUGGAAGGAGGCCCAGUCUAUGAACUGGUGCUGGCUGGUGAAGCUUCUGAUAUACAAUAUAGAAUAAAUAAAAAGAAAAUACGUCUUGGAAUUGUGCCUUAUGACAGUCUUUGCUGUGAGGAGAUAACACUGAGCAAUAUUGGAAAAGUAGCACUUGAUUUUAAGGUACUUGGAGCUGUUGAUGGUGAGCAGUUGGAACCAGGACAAUUCUCUGUAUCACCAACACAAGGCUGUGUCCAGCAUUUGGAGGUCCAGACUAUAAAGGUUAAGUUUUUUCCAGGAAUACCUCAAGUGUUUCAGAAAUCAAUUCAAAUAAAAGUUGCUCAUUUUGAGCCGGACCUAAUCACAUUCACUGGUGAAGCUAGCUACCCUAGACUCUCUUUCUCCAUCUCAAGGCCAAUCAUUGCCCCGGAGGAGUCAUCAUACCAACAAGCAAUAGACAGACUGAAGAAGAGACACAAACCUAAAGUCAGGGCACCUUAUACUAUCACUGAUGAAGACAUUGAGAAAGAAGUAGAGUCAUUGUACAUUGAGCAGUUUGUGAAGGAGCAUAACCUGGUCUGUACCAAUGGGGCUAAAUCCUGCAAGAUAAAACCAGUCCUUCCAGAGUACCACCUUGACUUUGGUCACAUAGUCUAUGGACUGGUAGCCUCACAGACUGUCUGUUUAACUAAUCCAGGCCCGUUCUCUAUUAGCUUCUCUCCCUCUCACUCUGCAUUGAGUGGUACUGGUUUCUCUGUUGAUGUUGAUAAGAGGAUCAAGGGCCUUCCUCCUGAUGGGGCCCUUGAGUUCACUGUGACAUUUGACCCAGCCUCAGUUCGCUCCUAUGGUAAUGUAGAGGCAAAACUACCUUUCCAGUUAUUAGGUGGUCCAAUAUAUCCAUUGCGUCUAUCAGCCCAAGUAGCAUUACCAAUGAUGGAGAUAUCAGACUUUGAUUUGGACUUUGGUCUUGUAUUGUGUGGGCAGUGUCACAUCAUCACACUCCGACUGUACAACCCACAGCAAGUCAAAUGUGAAUGGAAUGCUAUUUUGGAGAAGCCACCAAAAAAGAUUCCUAAGCACACUCCACUUCACAUUAAGAAGAAGAUGAAAGAGAAACCUCCUCCUCAGUUGUUUGAGAUUGAGCCCAGUGCUGGCAUAUUGCUCCCUGGACAGAAGAUGGACAUUCAAGUUCGAUUCAUGCCCUGUGAAGAGCAACUCUAUACUGACAAGAUACCAAUAAACAUUCAUCAUAAUCCAGAGGCUAAUCUGGUAUUGAGUAUGGAGGGGCGGGGCAGUGAGCCACAGCUCGUGUUCGAUAAGCACCUCAUGGAGUUCUCUCCGAUACUUCCCUUCACUACCUAUGGGUCUGAGGUAGAGGUGACUGUGAGUAACCCAAUGGAGUAUCCUAUUGAGUUUUACUCUGUGGAAUUCGAUAAACAAUAUCUACUGGAGGAAGAGGCCUUGAGAUGGGUCAAAGGUUACGAUAAGAAGAAUCGUCUCUUUAUUCCUCCAGUUGAGCUUGGGAAGGGACUGCCUUUUGAAAUAAUGGAAGCAUACAAGAAGGACAUUUAUCAGACCAAGCCACUCCUAAUCACUGACUCACCUCCUGAUACAUCAGGAGGGAUCAACCUAGACGACAGUAUCAUCUCUGUAGCUGAAGCACCUCCUCAACCUUUAGGAGACUCACUCUUAAACCCGACUAAACCUUUAGAGUUCCGCUCACCUUUACCCAGCUCCACUGCCCUCCUACCACAGGCAGUCUCCACUGCAAUGCUCAGUAAUGCAACUGUUGGCUCACUCUACAGUGACCAGCAGUUAGAUGGGUAUGACACGUCACCAGUUGCAGCAUGCAUAGCUAGGUACCUCGGUAUUGAUAUAUCACCAGAGGCAGCUAUUGCAGAGAUGAGACGAGGCAUUGCUAUUGUUAUAUACGGCUCUCCUUACUCCGGUAAAACAACACACUCACGCAAACUAGCAGCUUUAUAUGAUAUACCAAUACUAACGAUUGAUGGUCUGGUUAUUGAUGCAGUCUCUACUGCUAGCACUUCUGCUGGUUGUAAGGCACGAGAGUCGCUAAUGGAGUCUACCAAAGAAGCUAAAGAAGCCGAAGCAAUUGAACAAACUGCAGCUGCAUUUGCUGCAGUAGAGACCCCACUGGCCUCAAGGGCCAAUAUCAAUCAAAGGCGAACCAGUCGUAUGGUCACCAGUGCCUAUAGAGAGACUCUGGUAGCUCCACAGAUACCGGAAAUUAAACGAGAGAGCCCAAAAAGCUUUAAAGUUGCUCCUCUACUUGAGACUAACUAUGCAGUACCAGAGGAAAAUCUCUAUGCCUCUCACCUCCCUGAGGAACUAGUGGCAGAGAUACUAUCGGACAGACUCCUUCACACUGACUGCAGGAGAGGAGUCGUGUUUGAUGGACUCCAGUCUAACUUUACUGGCGACCAGUUGCUCUCUGCCGCUCUCAUACUCAAGGCAUUUCAAAACAGAAAGCACAUAUUCUUUGUUAAUCUUGAUCUUGACCUCGAGGGAGUGAAGAUGAGGAUUGAAGAAAUGGAAAAGGAGAGGCAGAGAAUUAUUGAUGAGGAGUUAAGACUAAAGAGGCUGGAGAAGGAGAGGAUUGAUGCUUUGUUGAAUAUGAGUGAAGAUGAGUACGAGGCACUCCCAGCAAACAAGAGAAAAGAAAUUGAUGACAUAAGACACAAGAGAUACAUGGAAAAGAGAAGAAAGAGAGCUGAAGAGGAGAGGAAGGAAAGGGAAAGGAUAGAGAGAGAGAGGCGAGAAGAGGCUCAGCGCUUAGAGGAAGAAAAAGCAAAGACCAAGAAAGGCAGGGGACAGCAGCAGCAGCAACAGCAGCAACAACAACACGCAGCACAGCAGAAACCUGCUCCGGCUGAUAUUGCCAAACCAUCUCCAGCUCAUGGCGGUUCAUCAAGACCAGAGUCAGCCAUUUCUACUCACCCAACGACCCACCCCUUGGGAACACAAGGAGCCAUGGCCUCCACUGCUAGUAUUGUUAGCAGUACCAAUGAAUCACAGCAAGGAGGUAAAAAGAAGAAAGGUUUUUCAAAGGAUUCUAAAGAUGAUGACUAUGACAUAAAAGAUGAAGAUUUAAAGAAAAAGUUUUCCUUGUACGAGUCAUCAAAACAAAGUAUUAGGAAUUUACUCGAUAAUUGGGACAGAGCCAAAGGAGCCGUGAGACACAAGAGAGCUCCUCCUCCUCUUAACCUCGAGCCUGAGACUGAGAAACCUAACAAAAUAGCCACACCAAAGAAGAAGAUAAGAAAGAGUGGAGUUGGUACGAGACAGGAAACAGCCUCAGCCUUAUCAUCGCAGCCGACAGGACUGGAGUCAGUGGUACCAGUCAUUGAAGAUGAUGAUGAGAACAGAGAGGGUGUCGGUGUCCCUGUCAUAUACUUCCCCAGCACUAGAGGAAUUGAUGAGGUCUAUCAUUCAAUAAGAGACGUCAUACCAACACUCAAUGAAAUUCUAAAAGGGCUUGGUCUUGGUCCUGAUGGUAAUCCAAUACCUGAUCCAAUAUCAUUUCAAGUCUAUCACUAUCCUGUGAAGAGGAAGCCGAUACAGCGAACCCUACAGGAACACUUUCUAUUCAUUGAGCACCAAGACAGUGAUGUUAAUCUUAUUCAUGAAGAGUCCAAGCUUUCAUUGGAGGAUGAUAUGAGAGUAGAGUCUCCAGACCUCGCCUCAUCAAGGAAGAGAAGUGGAGGCAAGUCAAAGGAAGACCUACAGCAGAGGAGACCCUCCGUCAAAUCAAGAGCCACCAAAGCAUCAACUCCAUCACCACAGCUUGAAGACACACUCACAAUGAGUGACGAUGUUAUGGAGCAGCAGAAGAAUAUAAUCAGACUAGAGAAGUAUCGUUGGAUUAUUCCUCCUAAAUCUGAUCAAAAGCUAAAAUUAUUAUUUACAUCACAAGAGGAAGGACAGUACGACCAGACACUCAAGUUUGAGAUAGUCGGGACAAGACGUCAGUACCAGCUGUUCUGUAGAGGAACAUGUCAACUACCUGUCAUUAGCAAGGAACCAAGGAUUGUGUUCCCUCAUCGGAAGAGAACAAUAAAGAAAGGAGAGAUAGUCUCUAAGAAGUUCAUCCUUGACAAAGACGAGUUCUACUUUGGUCCACUCCACUGUGGCAAGCCAAGGGAGAGGUAUAGAGAAGGGAGAUAUCCUGAGAACAUGGAGACUAUCAAUAUUAGCAAUAUCUGUGGGAUGGACGUACAGGUUGCAUUCAGUUUUAAGAAUGAUGUUAAUGCAGCCACUUUCCUAUUGGAGCCUCCUAAAAUGACACUCCAGCCAAAAGAGAGCAAGUCGUUAACUGUGUGGGCGUAUCCCAAGGGUUCCGGAGAGUUUAGAGAUGAAUUGGUCUGCUCUGUUUUCAAUAAUCCUAGACCCAUAACCUUCACCAUGUGCUGUCAUGGCGUUGAGCCUGAGCUGAAGGUGGAUAAGAGGGUCCUAGAGUUUGGAAGAGUUUUGCUUCACAGACGUGAAUCUCGUGUCCUCCAUUUGCGUAAUAACACACUACUGGCAGCAGCCUGGAAGCUGAGUGGUACAGAGACAUUAGGAGAUGAGUUCACAUUUAGUCAAGAGCAAGGGAUUGUCCAGCCUAAGUCAGAGUUCCCUCUCACUGUUCACUUCAGAGCAGUCAAACCUGCUGCCUCUAAUGCUGGGAAUAAAAAAGCAUUUAAAAUUGAGAUAUCUGAUGUAGCACAGAUCAUUGGGUUAAUGCACGUUGAGAAUGUUAUCCUACAGGCAGAGGCUUAUGAUGUGGCACUGGAUAUAAGCUUUCCUAAAGGUACUGAUGGUGGGCUUGACUUUGGUACCCUCAGAGUACAUGAUGAGCUUAGACUUACAAUGCAAGUCAAGAAUAGAGGGAAAUAUGACAUUGCAUACAAUUUUUCAUUUGAUGCUAAUCCCGAGGGUCCAUUGUACUCAAAGUGGUUGAUAGUCCAUCCUGUGAACAGCAUCCUAGUACCUGGGGAGAAGUCUCAGACUGUCUCAGUUACAUUUAAACCUGACAGAGAACUAUCAAUCAGUGAUCAAGCUAUACUCAAGUGUCAAGUCAUUGAUACACAUUUGGGUGAGCAUGGAGAGGUCAUUGCUAACAUUCCAAUAAGAAUAUCAGCUAAAGCUGUUUACUCAAAGUUUGCAGUGACUCCUACUACUGAUGUCAACUUUGGUUGUAUAGUAAUUGCUGGUCGUAAGUCUAAUUCAUUCACCAUUGAGAAUAGAGGAUCCUUUGAGUUCAAGUAUGCAGUUACUAAGAAGCUCCCUCUUGAUGUACAGAAAAUGAGACAGAAUAUAGGUACUGGUGUCAAUGCUCCUAAAAAAGCUAAAGGUGACCUCUCUAGUGCAUCUCGCUCUUCCUCUAUUGCCAGUAAACUCAAUGUAUCAAUGAGAGGAAAAGAUGGCGGCUCAUUAAGGUAUGAGAUAAUGGGUGGUGCCACUCAGAGGCUGGUGGUUGGUAUGUUUAGUGUAGCCCCAGCUACUGGUGUAGUCACUGCUGGUCAGUCACAGACCAUCACUGUUGACUGUAUUGCUGAGAGACCUGGGAGACAUGACGAGCUAUUAUCUAUUGAGAUAUCUGACAGCAACAGGAAGGAUAUGCCAAUGUUGUAUAAGCUAUGUGGUGAGGUCAUGAUACCAGCCAUCAACAACUCUGACAUUGGAGCAAUCUUUGAAGAACAUCGCAUCUGCAAGGAGCUUGGAGUAUUUGGACCUCAUCAGUUCCAUGACGAGGAUAUUGCUGGUGUCUAUGGAGAGAAAGAGAAGAGGUUCGUGUUUAAGAGCGUCAUUGUUGGGAGCAGCUCCAGAGCAAGAGUAAAGAUUAUUAAUCCUAACAAGAUUUCUUGUGAUGUUCUUAUUAAUACAAAGUCUUUGUCAUCAAGUAGCUCAAAGCAAAAAGGAGUCACAGAAGCAUUUGAAGUUGUACCAACCAAAGCCUCAAUAUCUCCUCAUUCGCACAUUUAUGCUAAUGUCACCUUUAAGCCACUCACAAUGCAGACAUACAGUGCAGUCUUUGAGGCACUAGUAGAAGGCCCAACCCAAGCAAGAGGGAAAGGAUUAUCAUUUGAACUCCAAGGAGAAGGAAACCUCCCUCAGAUUUCCAUACUCCAUCCAAAGACAUGGAGCACACAGGGAGAGUACCUCAUGCUCUUUAAGAACCUGUUCGUAGGAGAAAGGGAGAUACUACCAAUCGUGCUACAGAACAUUGGGAGCAUACCAGCAGUCCUUAAUGUCACUCUCUCUGACCAUGAGGUCUUUACUCUCUUCGAGCCAAUGGCUGACAUUGAUGACACUGAGAUCUUUUAUAAUCCUUCCCUCUCCUCCUCCUCCCCAGCCUCUCCCAUCACUCUUAAUAUUCCUGUUGGCUCUAAGAAAGAGUUGAGGGCAGCUUUUUGUCCUAGCAGUGUCUCACAGUACCGGAGCACAGUCCACUUGAAUAUAAAGGACAAUCAGUUUGAGUCUAUGAGCAUAGUCCUGGUUGGUGAGGGCUAUCAGAGUGAUGUGGUCAUUGGGAAUGUUAAGAGAAGGUCUAGUGAGAGAUUCAUUGAAUGUGAACAAGUUUUUGAAUCAACUGAAGCCAACAGGGAGAGCAAUCUCAAUUAUGGAGUGACCCCAGUAGGAGAGGCUUCUCACCUCACCUUUACCCUCUCCAAUCUCUCAGCCACUGACCCCAUUAGGUUCCAAUGGCCUGUGGUCCCUUGUCUCUCGUUCUCUCCUGGUAUUGGACACAUCCAUCCUUCAUCAUCAAGAGAGAUAACGGCAGCUUUCACUAGCAUCAAACCAAAGAAGUUUCAAGGGCAGAGAUUUGCUGGGAAAUAUUGGAAGAUCUCAUAUUCAAAACCAAUAAGUCAAGUUCCUGAAUGGGAUGAUCUGAUGAAGACAGUAAAGUAUGUUAAUGCUCCGAAUGAGAGUAGACCACCUAGUGGUAAAUCAGAAGGAGUAGAUGGUGGUAAGCCCCCACUGAAGGCUAAAGUGGUAGAAACAGAAGCCGAGCCAGAGCACAAGGUUUUUGAUAAAACUGGUGAAGAUCUUGACAUAUUCCUAACUGCUGAGGCAGCUUAUGCUAAAUACGAGUGUCCCUCAAGACUCAUUGACUUUAAAGAUACCUAUGUACUCCAAACUAAAGUAUUUAGUUUCCCAUUGAAGAACACUGGUAAAGUUGUUCUCAGUUACAAGUGGUAUGUGAUCAAGGAGAUUGAAGGAGCAGAGCCAGUGUUGAAAGAUGCUGCCAAGGAGGAUGAGAUGGAGGAGCUAUUGAUACAGAUAGACCCUUGCAAGGGAGAGAUACCACCAGAACAAGAGCAGAUGAUAGCAGUUAGAUACUCUCCACUUGAAAUUGGAAGCAUAUUAUACAAACUACACUGCAAGAUACAGCAUCUUGAAUCAUCAGCGAAGCCACUAGACCUCAUAGUUCAAGGAAACUCACUAGUUCCUUAUUGUCAUUUUGAUCUGGCUGAGAGUGACUACCUGAGAACCAGGAGACCAACUAAUGUUAGUGACAGUGCUGGCUGUGUCACUGGUAGGAUUGACCCAUGCUCUAAAGUCAUUGAGUUUGUAGCUAAAGGGACUGGAGUGAGAAUAAUAAAGUCAUUCCAUGUUGUUAAUCCUACUACUAUCAAUUAUGAGUUUACUUGGAAGCAAAAGGAGGGGCCCAGUCAGAUAGCGCCAGUAUUCAACUGCUACACACCAAAAGGACAAUUACCUGGUGGAAAGAAAUAUGAAAUAAAGUUUGAGUACAUACCCACAACCCACGAGUACAUUGAGGCACUCUGGGAGUUCUCUAUCCCCUCCCUCUCCAUUACCAUACCUUUCCUACUGGUGGGGCAGACCCAGGAACCUAAAGUGAACCUUGACAGAGCCUACUUGAGCUUUAGAUCAAUGCUUAUUGGUAGUACAGCAAGAGAUACAGUGUAUUUAAUCAACACUGAAGACAAGCAGUAUCAGUUCUCCAUUAAUGAGAACAGCUGCUGCUCUGAUGAUAGAAGAGCUAAACUUAAAGUGACUCCAAUGUUUGGAUCGAUACUACCAAAUAGCAAGUUACCUAUUGAGAUAUCAUUCACUGCUGUUGAUAAGAGAGAGUUUAUAUUUCAUCUCACAUGCAAUAUCAAGAAGAAGCCGACUCCACUAACACUGAAUGUUAAAGCUGAUGUGUUUGCUAUUAGUCUCUCACUCUCAGCCACUGAUACUAACGGACGAGAGAUCGCAUUACCCGUGGAUAGAAUGGCCCAAAGAACCAUUGACUUUGGAACUGUCCCAAUCAAUGACAGAGCACUCUGGAGGGUUGGCAUUAAGAAUAACAGUCAGUUCCCAUUGCAUUACGACUGGAGCUUGUCACCAAAUUGUCACAAGAGAGGGGGAGCUGAGGAUAAGCUGGUCCGCAUGACUCCCAUCAAUGGAUCAGUGAUUGCUCACACUAAAACUAAUAAUGAACUUGUGUUCUCUCCUUCAAAUACAGCAGCUCUCAAGAAUUGUGAACUCAUAUUGCAGAUAUCAAACGGUCCAAUACUGCCUAUAACACUAAAAGGCUGUGGCAUAGAGCCAAGUGUUGAAUUUGGUUUCACUGAGUAUGAUUUUGGCCCACGUUUCCUUCAUCAUCCUAACAUGCCUCCCAACGUCACAACCAUCUCCAUCACAAACAAAGAUGUGAAGGAGCUGAGUAUUGACUGCAAUUACAUUAAGAACCCGUACCUUGAUCUCCUCUUUGAGCCUCAGAUACUGGAGCCUGAGGAAUGCAUGGAGAUUGACUGCUAUUUCAGGCCUCAGGAGCCAAUCAGGUACUCGGAAAAUAUGGUGUUUGAGAUAAAUGGGAUUUGCAAGAAAACAGUUACUAUUACUGGACAAGGAGCACUUGUUAAGGUUGAGGCACUGCAGAAAGUGGUCAACAUUGGAGCACUGAUAGUCCAUGAGAAAUCCAGCAAGAAAGUUAAGCUAGUGAACAAGAGUCCGUUAGCAGUGACAUUCACUGUUAAUAUUGUACCCAGUGCUCAAGUACCAGCACUGCAGGAGGUUGGAGUCCUCUCUGUCUCACUCUGCCCUAACAAACUUCAGCAGUUAGGACCUGAUAAAGAGAUCACACUUAAACCAAAAGAGGCUGUAACUGCUGAAGUAUUGUUCUGUCCAACUAGUAGAGUCCCUCAAUUCUCUGAAGAGGUAAUAAUGGAGAGUCAUGGUCUCUCAUAUCCUUUGUUUGUUGUGAGGGGAUCUUGUCAAGGAUUAGAGAUAUCAUUGGACUCUGAUCACGUCCCGUUUGGUGCAGUUGUAAUGAACAGUAGGAGCUGUAGGCGUAUACUAAUGAUGAAUACUGGGGAUAUUGGAGCCAAAUUUAAUUGGGAUGCCGAGAAGUUUGCACCAGAUUUCUCUAUUUUUCCAACAAGUGGCUACAUAUCACCUGGAAUGGAGGUUCCAUUUGAUCUGAUAUUUCAUCCAAGGGGAAUGCAGAGUGACAUUCGUUAUGAUAAUCUCAAGUGUCACAUUGAAGGAGGCCGUCCACUCAAAAUUACCCUCUCAGGAAUGUGCAUUGAGCAAGUGCCAUAUAAGGAAGUCCUUAAUUUCAGUACUAACGUAAGAACUAAAGAGGUUAAGAAUAUAACUAUACAUAACAAGUCGUCAGUCCCGUGGCUACUCAAUCCUGUGAUUGAUGGUGAGUAUUGGAGUGGGCCUGUCUCUAUAUCAGUUGAGCCUGGUCACUCUGCACAUUAUGAGCUAACUUAUAAGCCACUCCUCAUGACUAAAGACUCACAGAAGCACCAGGGUUCAAUAUUCUUUCCACUGCCUGAUGGCACUGGUAUAUUAUACAAUAUGUUAGGAUCCGCUGAUCCUCCUAAGCACUCUGGGUCUAUAGUGCAAGAGAUCCCGUGCAAGACCUCACACAUUGAGUCCCUCACUGUUCAGAACUGGCUGAGACACCCUCAGAGGUUCAGGGCAAUGAUUGAGAACAUCAGACCAGAGAGGCUGGAUAAAUCAGUCACACUAUAUGGCCUUGAUUACAUUGACGUGCCUGCUAUGACUAAGAGAGAAUAUAAGAUAAACUUUUAUUCGUACAAGGAAGGAUCUUUCCUUUUUAAAGUGAUAUUCCAGAAUGAGACUACAGGAGAGUUCCAGUUUUAUCAUGUUCAUUUCAAAUCAGUUCCAUCAGGGAUCAUCAGCACAAUAGAUCUAACCACAGCAGUUAGGCAGAGUGUCUCUCACACUAUCACUAUUGACAAUCCUUUCCCUAUUCCCCUUAACAUGACCACUUCUGUUAAUGUACCUGAUAUUAGCAUGCCUGCUAACUUCUUGAUUGGAGCUGAGAGUCAGGGUAAAUGUACAUUUGAGUAUUUGCCACUCAAAGUUGACGAGACGGUUGGGAAGUUGAUCCUCCAGUGUAAUGAGUUAGGAUCAUAUCAAUAUGAACUGCAUCUGAAGGCAACCCCACCAACUGCUGAGAAACCAGUUCACUUCACUACACUCCUGGGUAGUACACAGACACAAACCUGUCACUUUACUAGCUAUGCUAGAGGGAGAGUGGAGUAUAGCUGUAAGAUUGAUAAUCCUGAUUUCCAUGUUGACAAGUCAGUGACAGUCACAACAGUUGAUGUGACGUAUGAGCCAUCAACCCUUGGAGAUACCAAUGCUACACUAACAAUCUCUUCAUCAUCAGGUGGUGAUUACAUGAUUCCUCUGUACGGUCACUGUCUUGAGCCUAAGCCUCAAGGCCCAUACUCCAUUAAAGCAGGAGGGAAUAUCGUCAUCCCUUUCAGGAAUGUGUUCCACCAGACAUCACAGUUCAGUUUUGUGUUGGAUAAUCCUGCUUUUAAUAUCAAGGCGAGCGAGACACUAAAGCCACGCAAAGUCCACAACCUGACGGUGUCUUUUGAUGCAAGACAAGCUGAUCCUAAUAUAGUGAAACUGGGCAAACUAGUUAUAUCCAGUAAGAGCAGUGGUAAUCUCAAGUGGACCUACUACCUCAAAGGACUAGCAUCUGAAAAAUAACAUAUCUACAUGUAUUAACUAUAAAAAGAGCAUUUUAACACUUUAUUUAAAUAUAAUUUACUAUUAUUAAGAUUAGAAUAUCCAUUAACAAGACAAUUUCAGAGCCAGG